AUGUACCGUCGAUACCGGUUCUUUCUGUUUUACCUUAAAUUGGGAGCGAUCGUUUUCUUUAUCAUUGUUCUUUUUUUUCUAAAAGAUUUUUUCAACACAGACUUUUACAAACGUCCGAAAAGUAGUAAACAACCAGUCAGACAAUGGACCGAAAAAUCUCCGUAUCUGGUUGACACCUCUGCUUGUAAAAUUCCAAAAAUUGACCCUUUUGACCCGUCAAUUGCCAAAUUCAUCAAAUCUCAACGCGAACCACUUUUGUGUAACCGACGACCGUCACUAACAUAUGAAAACGGGACCAAGUUGCACAUUAAUUGGACAGCAGUUAAUCAAAUAAAAUGGAAUGGCCAGUUUGGUUACUGUAAAAUCCAACCUAUAUAUAGACCGCCGAAUAACCAUGACCACAACUAUUUUACAUACUUGCCGAGUGAAAAAUUUAACGCUACCAUUGAAAUGAGGCAUGAAUUCGCCAGAGUAAUAUGUUUUGACCGCAAUCAUAGGAAAAUUCACAAAAAUUUCCAUCAAUUUAUUUUACCGAAAUCCGAUGUCGACGAUAGGUGUUCACUUGCUUUUAAUGAGCAUAGAACCAGUUCUAACAUUGAGGAGACUCUCAGUGUUGUCAUGAUUGGGGUGGAUUCCGUGUCAAGACUGAAUUCGCAAAGGUACAUGAAACGCAUGCGUAAUUAUCUAUUGAAAGAACUAGGUGCAUUUGAGAUGACCGGUUAUAACAAAGUAGCGGAUAAUACCUUUGUGAAUAUUGUUCCUAUGACCAUGGGAAAAUUCUUGGAGGAAGUGCCGUGGAAUGAAAGCAUGAGUAAAAUUCCAUUUGAUGAUUACGAUUUCAUUUGGAAACAAUUUGCUUCAAAAGGAUAUCGGACUCUUUACGCAGAGGACGCUCCGGGAAUUGCUAUGUUUGAUUAUUCGAAAUCUGGAUUUCACCGGUCUCCAGCGGAUUACUUUAACCGACACUUUUUAUUGGCUAUGACGGUGGACAAGAGUGUUUGGUAUGACAACCAUAAUUGCGUAACAGAUAGACUAGAAACCGACAUUAUUCUAAGCUACACUUACCACUUCAUGAACAUGUACAGAUACACUCCAUAUUUUGCUUUUUCUUUUAUAUCUGGUUUAACUCAUGAUGACCUUAACGAUGCUAAAUAUGCAGAUGUUCCAUAUUUAGAAUUUCUGAAGAAACUACAGGAAAACAGACAACUCAAUAAUACAGUGUUGAUCUUGUACAGUGAUCAUGGAGUGCGCUUUGGAGAAAUACGUGAAUCAUACGUUGGGAAAAUGGAGGAACGCUUACCUUUUUUCUUUAUUGUUUUUCCACAAUGGUUUCUCUCGAAAUACAAGGAUUAUGCAAAUAAUCUGAAAACGAAUACUCAUCGGUUAACAACACCAUUUGAUAUUUAUGAAACUCUUUCUGAUAUUCUUUAUUUUAACAAAUCAGUACCAAUAAGGAUGGGGUUUAAAAACAGAGGCAUCAGUCUUUUCCGAGAAAUUCCGGAGGACAGAGGAUGCGAGGAAGCAGGAAUACUUCCGCACUGGUGCACAUGCGCCGAAUUUCAAACGCUGUCACCGACUAACGAAAUUGUACAAAACGUAGCCAACAACAUGAUAAAGGAAAUCAACAUCCAACUCAAUAAAGUGUUUAAAAGAUGCGCGUUUCUAAGAUUAGGAAAAAUUAAAAAUGCCAUUAAACUUCUUCCAUCUGAAAAGGUUCUAAGGUUUGAAGAAAGUGAGAAUGACGUCAUCAACAGAUUUGUAAAAUAUGGAGACCGCGUCAACGCACAGGUGAAUUAUCAGCUGACGUUUAGCACUGUUCCCGGUAACGCGCUGUUUGAGGCUACCAUGCAAUUUGAUGAGAGUGACGACUCGUACAAGAUGGUCAGCGAUAUUAGUAGAAUCAACGAAUAUGGCCACCAGUCUGAUUGUGUUGAUGACUACAACCUGAGGAAAUUUUGCUUCUGUAAAUCAUGA